CUUUUGUAAAACUUACUUGGCAAUAAAUAUCUUUCUGAUUCUGAUUAGGUUUUAAAAUAGAUAUUUAAUUCAUGGUAUGAACAAUUUAGCUGAAUAAAUUGAUGAAGUUAGACUUUUCACUAAUGCCUGGCUACAUCAGUGAACAGUGAAAGACAUCUGCAACAUGGCCAAAAUCUUGGGUAGGUCUAUACUUUAUAAUUUUUUAUUAAUUUGCAACCAUGGUAAUAGCCUAUCAUAAACAGGAAAAUCUCUGUUUUGACCUGAUCAGAAGGAUAUCCUAAAAUCUAAAAGCUCCUCUGGUUUCACAGCUGCACUGGCAGAUUUAUGAAAUAUUUAGAAAUAUUUCGUCUUUCUGCCAUUCCAGGAAAUGUCAUUUUAUGUCUUUCAUUUUUUUCCAACCUCGAUUUUUUUUUUUUUUGACUUUUUACAUGUAUAAGGGAUUAAUUUGCAAUUGCGACCUGUACAAAUGUUUAAGACAGUAAAACACUUAAAAAAAUGUAAACACAUUAUAAAUGUUAGAAAGUAUAGGUUUUCACCAUUGCUGUGUUCAGGAUUUUUUUUUGGGCGGAGCUAAAACGGUGGCUCGAUGACGCACUGGAGCCACUGAGCUCCUGGCCCCUCCCCAAACAACAUAACUAGAGCACACAUUCGCGUCAGUUCGCCGUUCAAUCGCGAGUUUCUGUGGACUACCAUCGUUUAAAUACCUUGACCGGAGCAUAACUGGUUAACUUCACACAAGAGACCUACUGUUGGACAAUCGUUUUGGCUUUAAAGGUAAAUGCAUUGUUAGUUACAAUGUCUAGUUACUGGGCCAAAAGGAGACGAAUAUUGAAAGGAGUUGAGAGGGACAAACAGGAAAUUGCAGCUGCAAACGAUGCUCUACUUGCUGUUAUUCCUGACUUUGACCAAGUAAAUCCUCCUGUAAAUGAACAUCAACAUGGAAUGGCUUCAACAAGCCAUGGACAAACUGUAACCCCUGAAGCACAGGAUAUAACUGUUGAUGAGGUGUAUGAACCUAGUGAAAUUUUUUCCUCAAGCACAGAAGAUAGUGAGGAGGAAGAGGAUUGCCUAAGGACACAAUUGGCAGGGUGGGCUAUUGACAACAUGAUCCCCCAUGUGGCACUGGGUAAGCUUUUAACCAUUUUGUCCAAGGAUCAUCCAACCCUUCCUAAAGACCCAAGAACCCUUCUGAAAACAGUGACUUGUGUUAAAACAACAGAACUCUCAGGUGGUGUAUACCAUCACUCUGGAAUUGAAAGUGGAAUACUAUCGCAGUUUUUAGUGUCUCCUGAAUUGCAGAAGUUGACGUCAGUUUCAAUGCAAGUUAAUGUUGAUGGACUUCCACUUUUCAAAAGCUCAAAUGCCCAGUUCUGGCCAGUUCUUGGUUUAAUUGAGCAAUACGUGUGUAAUGUCCAACAAAACAAACUUCCAUUUGUCAUUGGUCUCUAUUAUGGGAAGAAGAAGCCAAGCAGCCUUCACUUUUUGAAUCCUUCACCUUUUGUAGAAGAGGCACAGCGACUUGAAGCGGAAGGAGUUCUGUUUGAAAGGAGAGCACUUCCUUUCAAAAUAUCAACAUUUAUCUGUGACGCCCCUGCUCGUGCACUUGUUCGAAAUGUGAAAGGUCACAGUGGAUAUUAUGGGUGUGACAAGUGUGUUCAAAAGGGGGUCCACUACGAGAACAGGAUGACCUUUCCUCAAACAGAUUCUGCUCCAAGAUUAGACCAUGCAGUCCGUGAUGAACUUUCUGAUGACAGUCAUCAGUGUGGAGAAACGCCAUUGGCAUUGUUGUCUGUUGGUUUGGUCACCCAGUUCCCACUGGAUUAUAUGCAUCUGGUAUGCCUUGGAGUGACAAGAAAGUUGUUGCAUCUUUGGCUAAAGGGACGGCGGCUGACAAGAUUUUCGCCCAGCAUGGUAAAAGAGCUCUCCAGAGUACUCCUGACCUUCACACCUCAUGUUCCGUGCGAGUUCAACAGGAAGCAACGAUCCAUGGAAGAUGUUGAGCGUUGGAAAGCUACAGAAUUCAGGCAGUUCCUCUUGUACACUGGACCAGUCAGCUUAAAAGGCCUUGUACCAACUAUAAAGCAUGUUUUAGAGACAUGUUCCUGAAGACCAUUGUUCAAAGAGCCAUCCGGAAGAACCCGGCAACACAGGAUGCCACUGAUGAAGCCAUCCAGGUUAACGUUACGCGUUACCUGAAAGGAGCAUCUGACCGUGAAGGCGGAAAAAGGCGCCGCACAGCUGAGAGGGACCCACAGCCGACCCCUUAAACCUAGGCUGACUACUGACAUCCCAGCAUCACUGACAACUGGAACCCUUUCUUUAUCCUGCAGUCAGUAACAUCAAGACCCCUAAAGAAGCCAGAAGUGUCAGACUGCACUCCCCAAUCCACACUGUUCACUGUGGAUAUUAUCAUAGUGCUUAACUUAUUAUAUUGUUAAAUAUAGCUUGUAAAUCCUUGUGCCACAGGUCAGCAUUGCAGUUAUAUCUGUUCUACUACUUUUUUUACCUCAGUAUUUUUUUAUAUAUAUUUGAAGAUGUUUAUCACAGAUACAAGAGACAUCUUGUACCCCAGGUCAGCAAUGCCAUUAUAAUGGUCUAUUCUACUCCAGAGCUUUAUUCUAAAUUAUUACCACUUAUCUUAUUGUUAGAAAUGGCUUGUAAAUGUGAUGUUAUACCUGAAUUUUUUUUGGUGUCCUGCACAUUCUUUGGUACCAGAUAUACUCAUUACUUAUGUUUACUGGUAAUUCUUUUCAUGCCAGAGCUGACCUCUUUAUAUUAUUAACAAUUAUUGUAAGUGUUAUAAUUUGCUUGUAAGCUAAGGCUGUUUUUUUUUUUAACAAUUUAAUUGGAAACCUGCAUGUGUGUGUGUGUGUGUAUUUAUUUAUUUUUUUUCUCUUUUUUUCUGUUAUUUAUAUUUCAGGGAUCUGACAUCAUGUUUCAAUGACAGUUACUGUACUUUGAAAUGUGGAAUUAAAACGUCAAAUGGAAA